AUGAAGUUGUUUAUCGCCACCUUUUUGCCAGCAUUUGCGGCUGCAGCAACCUCCGUCUCGAUCAGUGCAGGAAAAAUUAAUGGUGGACGAUGUGAGAGUGCCGAAGACACGGUCUUCUUCAAAGGAAUUCCCUUUGCUGAACCACCGGUUGGAGACCUGCGUUUCGAGCCCCCGAAACCCUACAAUGGGAAGUUCCCGGAAGAAGGGCUGAAUGCAACUACAUCAGCAAUCUCAUGCAUUCAAUUCACACACGACUAUACCCCAGCACUACCCACAUCGGAGGACUGUCUUUAUCUGGACAUAUAUGCACCAAGAAACAUUACCAAGGACUCGGGACUGCCAGUCAAAGUUUGGAUAUUCGGUGGUUCAAAUACAGAAGGAACUAUAUCGGAUUCGUUAUACGACGGCUGCAACUCUCCCAAUGGCGAUUCUAUCCUUGUCACAAUUAACUACAGAGUGGGCCCCCUUGGUUUCAUGGCACUCAGCAGUGCUGGGAUCCAAGGUAACCAGGGAAUCCAGGAUCUGAUUCUUGGGCUAGAAUGGGUUCAAAGCAACAUUGCGGCCUUUGGUGGUGACCCUAAUCAAGUGCUUCUGUUCGGCCAAUCAGCCGGCGCUGAGAAUGCAUACGUCAUUGCAUCUCUCCCUCAAGCUCCUUCCCUCUUCAAAAGUGUUAUCUCGGAAUCAGGUGGUGGUAGGGGUCUCAUCAAUAACGCGACUACACAAAUGAUUGGAGCGUCAUAUGCGCAGGCUCUGAACUGCAGUCUUACGGAUAAAGCUUGCCUGAAGCUCAAAACUGCUGAUGAGCUUACCAAGGCGUAUGAUGACGAUGACUUCCUGUCUCAAGGAAUUGGCUACUGGGGCUUUCUCGGGAUACUCGGUCCCGUAACACAUUCGUUCUACCCCUACGCAGAUGGCAAAAUCGUCCCUGAGGAUCCUUACACGAGCGGAGUAAAAGUCCCGGCAGUUUUUGGGUUCACCAAAAACGAUGGUAUCAUUUAUUCUAUUGACUGGGCCAACUCGAGCGGAAAUAUUCCAUCGCUAGCGGCAUACGAGGAGUUCUUGCGUAAGGACUUUGGGCAGGCCGCUUCUCUUGUUGAAAAACAAUACCCUCUCUCUUUGUUCGAGUCUACUAUCGGUGACUCACCGCUCCUUGGCGAGUUAUCCGCCGCCUUAGGCCUGAACAAAACCGAGGCUGCCGUUGUUGUAGCCAUGGCUACCGUCAUCACCGAUUCGACGUACAAGUGCCCAGCAUACUACGGUGCAGCACAAGCUACGCGUAACAAUAUCCCUGCAUGGACCUAUGAAUUCACCCACAACUCAACUUGCACAUGGAUAGAUACCAUCCCCCAAAAAUACGUCUCCAUUUUCAGUGCCACACACACCGCCGAAAUCCCGUUUGUCUUUGGAAACAUGAACAACUUCGAUCUCCCAGAUGGGGAUUGUACGUUCACUCAGUCCGAAAAAUACCUCAGCCAGCAGAUGAGAAGCCUUUGGACGUCAAUGGCUAAACAUGACGACCCGUCAACCGCGAGCCUCACUUGGCCGCGAUUUCACACGACAGAAAAGAAUCUCACAACUCCGGGAUUGAUCUUUGGAGACUCGGCAGUGGCCGGCACAGUUGAUUACACUGGGUGUGAUCUGUGGCCUAAAGUCCACGCCAUCCUGGCAGGGAGCAACUCGACAACAACUUGGAGCAGCCCGACUCUUUAUUAA